UCCCCGCAUACCCCGGGGUUGCUGGCUUCCUCUGCAGGCCAGAGGCGAGGCCGCCUCCAGCACCAGCUCGCUCUCCAGAGAUUUGCCCAGAGACGCUGAGCGCAACUUGUUUGCCUGACAACUGAGAGUGGGAUGGGCCCAUGGGCCUCAUCCCAGGGCCUCUGUGUGUGAGAGAAGGGAGGCCGUGCUGCAGUUUGAGGGCGCUGUUCCUGGGAACCGCGAGGAGGGCAAUGCUUGGAGAGGUUGGAUUUCUUGCAGGGCCACCGUCACCACGCGCAAGGGCACAGUGACGCCUCCCCUCUCCCCCCAUUUCACUAUCCGAACCCCCUACCCCCACUCCAGCCUGUUGCUUCCUCCGCGGCUCCAGGUCGGUUUUUCCCGGCGACUCUAGUGUGACUUCCAAACUCCUAGGCUGCGACUCACCUCGCCAUUAGCCCCCGCCUCCCGCCUGCUGCCCUCGGGCCCCAGGGAGCCUCCAGCACCCCGAUCGUCGCCUGCGAAGUGCACUCGGGGGCCGCAGAUCGCAGGUCCUGCAGGGGGCGGGGGCCGCUAGCGGCGAUGAAGCCGUCUUGGCUGCAGUGCCGCAAAGUCACCGGCGCCGGAGGGCUCGGGGGACCCCUGCCCGGGUCCUCCCAGGCUCGGGGAGCCGGCCCGGCCCGCAGGGCGUACGUGGCCCCGGGUCCGCGGAGCGCCCUCGGGGGCCGCGGCUGCCGCGCGCUUUCCUCCGGCGGUGGCGGCGAGUACAAGACCCACUUCGCGGCCUCGGUGGCGGACCCCGAUGGGUUCUGGGGCAAAGCCGCGGAGCAGAUCAGCUGGUACAAGCCCUGGACCAAAACGCUGGAGAACAGACACCCUUCCACCAGCUGGUUUGUGGAAGGCAUGCUUAACAUUUGUUAUAAUGCCAUUGAUCGUCAUAUUGAAAAUGGCAAAGGAGAUAAGAUUGCUAUCAUCUAUGACAGUCCUGUUACAAACACUAAAGCAACUAUUACCUAUAAAGAAGUCCUGGAGCAGGUCUCUAAGCUGGCUGGUGUUUUGGUCAAGCAUGGUGUCCAGAAAGGUGACACUGUGGUUAUCUACAUGCCCAUGAUCCCUCAGGCAAUCUAUACCAUGCUGGCGUGCGCCCGGAUAGGAGCCAUCCACAGUCUCAUAUUUGGGGGAUUUGCAUCCAAAGAGCUAAGUACCCGCAUUGAUCAUGCAAAGCCCAAGGUGGUGGUUACAGCAUCCUUUGGCAUUGAACCUGGAAGGAAGGUAGAAUAUAUGCCACUUCUAGAAGAAGCGCUGAGAAUUGGACAACACAAACCAGAUAAAGUUCUCAUUUAUAAUCGUCCAAAUAUGGAGACAGUUCCUUUGGCUCCAGGUCGUGACCUUGAUUGGGAUGAAGAGAUGGCAAAAGCACAGUCACAUGAUUGUGUUCCUGUUCUUUCGGAACAUCCACUAUAUAUUCUUUACACAUCUGGAACAACAGGUUUGCCGAAGGGUGUGGUUAGGCCCACUGGGGGGUACGCUGUAAUGCUAAACUGGACAAUGUCUUCUAUCUAUGGACUUCAACCUGGAGAGGUGUGGUGGGCAGCUUCUGACUUAGGCUGGGUUGUUGGACAUUCCUAUAUCUGUUAUGGACCUCUUCUUCAUGGGAACACAACAGUUUUAUAUGAGGGGAAGCCUGUGGGAACACCAGAUGCUGGAGCUUAUUUCCGCGUGCUGGCGGAGCAUGGAGUAGCUGCCUUGUUUACAGCGCCCACUGCAAUUAGAGCAAUCCGUCAACAGGACCCUGGGGCAGCCUUGGGGAAGCAGUACUCGCUAACAAGGUUUAAAACAUUAUUUGUGGCUGGAGAACGAUGUGAUGUUGAGACUCUGGAAUGGUCCAAAAAGGUCUUCAGAGUACCCGUCUUAGACCAUUGGUGGCAAACUGAAACUGGAUCUCCCAUUACAGCGUCCUGCAUUGGAUUAGGCAAUUCUAAAACACCUCCUCCAGGGCAAGCAGGAAAAUGUGUUCCAGGAUACAAUGUUAUGAUUUUGGAUGACAACAUGCAAAAACUGAAGGCUCGGUGUUUAGGAAAUAUUGUGGUGAAGUUGCCAUUACCACCUGGGGCUUUUUCAGGACUCUGGAAGAAUCAGGAAGCGUUCAAGCACUUAUACUUUGAAAAAUUUCCUGGAUAUUAUGACACCAUGGAUGCUGGUUACAUGGAUGAAGAAGGUUAUUUGUAUGUUAUGUCACGAGUUGAUGACGUGAUAAAUGUUGCAGGUCACAGGAUUUCUGCAGGUGCCAUUGAAGAGUCAGUCCUUUCCCAUGGCACCGUGGCUGACUGUGCUGUUGUUGGCAAGGAAGACCCUUUGAAAGGGCAUGUCCCCUUAGCCCUCUGCGUAUUGAGAAAAGGUAUCAAUACAACCGAGGAACAAGUGUUGGAAGAAAUUGUGAAGCACGUUAGACAGAGCAUUGGACCUGUGGCUGCUUUUCGAAAUGCAGUUUUUGUCAAACAAUUACCCAAAACUAGAUCUGGCAAAAUUCCCCGGUCAGCUCUGUCUGCCCUUGUCAAUGGCAAGCCUUAUAAGGUAACACCUACGAUCGAAGACCCCAGCAUUUUUAGGCACAUAGAAGAAGUACUAAAGCAAGCAUCAUGACUUUUUUGAGUCAGUUUACUAAUUGGAGUCAAGGUUUUUGAAUUAUUUCACAGAAAUAACUAUUUACAUCGAAAUUACUUGCAAACUGAAAUGUGAAUUGUGAGGUGUGGUCUUAAAAAAAUGAACUCGAAGACUAGUGAUUAGACCCAAUUAGCACUGUAACAUGUUUACAAUGUUACGAUUACUUAUAACAUGACUCAUUAUAGGUUGUCUAGCACUUUAAUUUUAGAAAAAUGUAUCUAAUGAAUGAUUUUUAAAAAUUGUACCUCCCCCAAAAGCAUUUUGAUUGAAAGUGACAUUAAUAUAGAGCCACUUCCUAAAAAUAAGCAUCUGCAGCUUUGACCCAAAACCUAAAAUUCAAGUUGAAGUAAAAAAAAAAAUGAUUACAAUUUUUCUUAUGGAAAUUUGGAACGUUUUCUAAUGUUAUUGAGUUGCCCGCGUGCAUGGUAAUCAUCUAAUCGGUGAUUUCCUAGGUAGCUGGAUCUGUCUUGUCAUUUCCUGAGGGAAGGCUGGCUUCCUGGAUACAGCUCUGGGGUCAGGUCAUUUGUUACUUAGUCAAGGGAACCCUGUGCCUGGCCGAGCAUCUGGAGGUCAUUGAAUCUGUCAGGGAGCGGAGGGUUUUGGAGCCCCUCCUCUUGUUUUGGUGUUUAGUGGACUGUACUUACUGAUUCCGGCUUCUUAGGGAAACAAGGAAAUGAUAGGAAAUGGGGCACACUGGCAAAAAAAAAAGCUUUUCAGGAAGAAAUGUAGAAGUUUUUACAUUAUGUAAGAGAAACAAAAAAUACCAGAUUUUUAUGCAAAACCUCUGAUUUUUAAAUGAUGCACUAAAAAUAUUGUGCUAUUCAAACACAUCUUUGCAUUUAAACUUGUAUAAAACCAUUGAUAUAUUUUUUAAAACACUGAAAAAUGAAUCUUUGUUAAUAAGCUUAUGAUAAUGUUCCAAUUAAUCAGGGUAGACAAUAUGGAUAAUUAAAUAUUUGGUUUACAUAGAGUUGGACAUGUUAUCAGUAAUCAAAGAAUUCAUUUAAACACAAAAAUAUACCAUGCCCAUUGAGUCUUUGAUGGUACUCAAAGUAUUCCUUAAUCUUUCAGUCCAUCAGGAACAUUGUUGUGAAGAAUAGCUGUCCUAAUAUGAUAGUCUGGGUACAUGAAAUAUAUGUCAGAGAUAUUAGAUAAGGAGAAUAUUUACUUGUCUGUUGUAUAAAAUUGCUUACAAACUGUAUAAAGACAUUUUGAAAAUGUGUGCUUUUUACCUGGACCAUAGGCUAUUCAAAUAAAUGACUUCUUCAAAUAAAUUCCUAUUUGCUUAAA